UGAACAUUCAGGAAACCUCAACACGGAAAGAAGCGAUAAAGAUGCCAACUAGUGCUCCGAAUAAGAGAAUCAUGCCUACAACUGGGAGACCUGGCGCAAAAUCUAAAGAUGCGGCUUCUCCAACAGAAAACGUCCCAGACUACGAGCCGAACAUCCCUGAGCCCACAUGCAGAGCUGAUCUUCUAAAACACUGGAUCAACCUUUCCCUGGAUGACAAGACAGCCAAUAAGAUGCUGUGGAUCACAGAGGGUGGAUCUAAGGUGUCACGCAUGACUGAUGAUGUCACUUGUCCUGUCCUGGACAGACCAGAGAGAUAUGAGCAUGCUCCCCAGGUUCUUUGCAAAGAAAGCGUCCUGGGUUUCCGAGCUUACUGGGAAGUGAAAUAUACAGGAUGGGUGGUUGUCGGACUCGCCUAUGAAGGGGCAGGAAGGCGGGGAAGUGAUGGACCCUGUGGACUGGGAGAGAAUGAGCAGUCUUGGGGUCUCGGAUGGGGCGGAUCCCACUACCAGGUGUGGUUCAAUGGCAUUUGCACAGAAAUCUGGGAUAUUCCCCAAUGCACCACCAUCGGGGUGUACCUUGACCAUCCAGCUGGGCUCAUCAAUUUUUAUGCAGUUGAAGAAAUAAAGGAGGGAGAGGGGAGCGAAGGCAGAAAGGAGAUCAGACUGCUGAGGAAGAUAAAGAGCUCCUUUAUGGGGAGGAUGUUAGCAGGAUUCUGGGUUGGACAGAAGUCAUCAUGUGUCCUAGCGAAACAAGAGGAGUAAAGUAACGAGUGUCUUCCAUUUCCAUUUUCUACAUUUCCAUUUAAACUUCAUUUACAAGACAUAACUAAGUUUUAUAGGCCUAAAUAUUUAUCAGAAAUGCUGCUAUAUUGUUUAAGUGUUUGUUUGUGUAUGUGUUUUUUGUUUUUUUGCCAAAACUGAAUGUAAAAUAUUGGUGUGAUAUGCAUAUAUAUUUAUUUGUAUUGUAGCAUUGUCUUUAAUGUAUAUUCUGGUACCAUGGGUAUAUUCUGCACUUUGGAAACCAAAAGGUAUUAUCUUGUGUGAUUUCAUUUAAAUAAAACACAUAUUCAAGGUUUACGCUCGUACACUGAAUAUUAUUAUUAAAAAUUUGUGAAUGACCUCAAACUGAACAGAAGAUUGCAGCUGUAUUGCAUUGUCCUAUAUGAACUGAUA